CGAAAAGUAUCGAGUAUGUACUUGUAUUUACAAGUAUCAAUUCAUUCCUACCGGCGAGUGCCGCGAAAAGCAAUUAUUUUUUAAUUUUCGAAGAUUUUAUUUUCCGAAAUGAGCAAAAAAGGGGCAAUAUCAAAGGCGUUGGCGAAAAAAGUAUACCAACCUGGUCGGGUAGUUGAAGUUAAGGAUAUCGAAGAUACAGUCAAGUCCCCAUUUUUCUCACCUGUACAAACUCGGGGACAGCGCAAAGUAAAUAAAACUCUACUCCAUAAAUUAGUGCAACCCGCUAAAGCUCCAGCAAAUUGUUUAAAGGAGCAAGAUGAUUUCAAAGAAAUGAUUUGUAACCCUGGUAGUAGUAGGAAAUCCAGACAACUUACAGAUGAUAAAGCACUGGUUAAAGAUGAUACAAGCAAGCUAAAUAGAUCUGGCAAUCCUGAAGCUAAAGAGAUGGAAAAUUCGGACAAGUGGGAACCGAAAAAUUGGCGUUUGAUGCUAGAGAACAUCAGAGCGAUGCGCUCUGCAAGUGAUGCACCUGUGGACACUAUGGGAUGCCACAAAUGUUCAGACAACGAAGCCGAUGAAAAGACCCAAAGAUUUCAAAAACUUGUUGCCCUUAUGCUUUCUAGUCAGACUAAAGACGAAAUCACUUACGAAGCCAUGCAACGGCUAAAGGACAAUCAAAUGACACCCGAAAUAAUUGUGACCAUGGAGAGAAGUAAACUUGAAGAGUUACUGAAGCCUGUGUCAUUUUAUAAAAAUAAAGCUAAAUAUUUGCAACUGGCCUCACAAAUACUGAUAGACAAAUACAGCUGCGACAUUCCGGGCACCAUUAAAGAAUUAGAAGCAUUACCCGGCGUCGGUCCCAAAAUGGCGCAUAUAUGCAUGGCGACGGCAUGGAACGAGGUAACAGGAAUAGGCGUCGACGUGCAUGUACAUCGAAUUACAAAUCGUUUAAUGUGGCUACCUAAACCUACAAAACAACCGGAACAAACCCGUGUGGCAUUGGAAUCAUGGCUCCCGCAGGGACUGUGGCAAGAAGUUAAUCAUUUGCUGGUUGGUUUUGGACAAACAGUUUGCAAGGCUGUGCGACCACAUUGUGUGGAAUGUCUGAACCGAGAAAUAUGUCCAGCGUCAGAACAUAAACCUGGCCCAAAGAAAAACUUAAUUAUCGACGAUUGUAAAAAUGAGAUGGGCCCUAAAAAAACAAAGUUGAAAAAGUAAAAGAAAUCU